AUGGAAGGAAAAAAUAACAAAAAUGAUUCUUCUUCUUCUUCUUCAUUUGUUUCUGAGCUCUCUUGCUCCAAAGAGACACACUCAUCUCCUUCUUCUUCUCCAUCCCCUAAUGAAGGGAGAGACAAAGCUAGCAUGGAGAAAUGGGACUCUAUACUUGGAACACCUGAUGUCAUUUUCAAGGCCUGUGGUGGUGGAUCUCAGAAAAUAGAAACUGCAGAUAAGAGUUCCAUAUAUCAAGAUCAAAGAAUUGAACCAUGUAAUCUCAGCUCAUCAAUAUUUUAUGGUGGCCAAGAUAAUAUUCCCCAUGCUCAAAAUACUCAAAAUGAAGGGAAAAACUUAUGGGCCAAAAAUGUUGUUGAAGAUGAUGAUUUGGGAAUUGCUUCAAGAGGAGAUUGGUGGAAGGGGAGUCUCUAUUAUUAA